UUUGUGCCGUUCUUCCCGUGGUCCACAGAACUGCCCCGACCGUCUAGAGUGAGGCCAAAAUCAACAAUCUAACAACAGACAACAUUCAACAACAAGCACCAUCAAUCGACGACAAUAAACAGCACCACUCUACCUGCACGGUUCGAGACGUUCAAGGCAGCGCACAGACCGGAUGUGAGUUCGGUUUCAAGGUUCCGAUGGCCCAAUGCAGAAUUGAUUUCGGCGAAUGCCUGAAAGAUUCGCCGAGCUUCAGACUACGGCUCGAGCAAGAGGAGAACGAAAUCGAGCAUCUCGAGACGCGUUUGGAAAAGAUCAUCAAGGCAUGCAAUGCAGCGGUGGACAGUGGGAAGGAGUACAUCCGCAACCAGAGCACGUUCGCUACGUCGCUCUGGGAUCUGCAGAGGCACUUUCAGGACGACAAAAACUCGACAAACGCACUCGCUCAGCUAAUCCAGUUGCUGCAAGAGAUGAACAAGUACCACACGACACUGUUGGAUCAGGCCAACCGGACGGUGCUGAAGAACCUGACCAGCUUCCUGAAGCGGGAUAUCCGAGAGGUGAAAGAGUACCGGCAGAUCUUCGCCAAGGUGUCGGAAAGCCUGGACGCCGCCGUCUACCGCAAUUCGCAGGUUAGCCGCAACCGGCCGGCCGACGUGAUCGAGGCAGAGAAUCUGCUGUCGGCAACGAAGAGCUGCUUCAAUCACACGGCGCUCGACUAUGUCAACUAUAUCACGCUAUUGCAGAAUCGUAAGCGACAUGAAAUACUGGCCACGUUGCUGAGCUACUUGCAAGCGUGCAGUACGUACUUCCACCAGGGCUCGGAUUUGUGCGAAGACUACGGCACGUUCUUUAAGGGGCUGGACGAUGAGAUUGGCACGAUGCGAAACGAGUACGCGGUCCUCGAUAAGCAGAUGCAGAACCGCCACACGUGUGUCAGUGAGCGAGCAGGCGAUUUGGGUGAACGGAACGUCGAGGGUGAGCGAGAGGGUGGUGGUGACACGUGUAUCGGUGCUCAAUCGUCGGUGGUGGCGGUGGCAGAGGUCGGUUUGUCUAACGGUAGGGAGAGCGUCUCAAGCCGAUUACCGAGCUACAUGGAAGGUUACCUCUUCAAGCGCACCUCAAACGCGUUCAAAACGUGGAAUCGCCGGUGGUUCUGUAUGUGCGACAAUCAGCUCUUCUACCGGAAGCGUACCGGUGAAGAGUUACCCACGGUGAUGGAGGAAGAUCUUCGGCUCUGUACAGUUCGUCCGCUAGCCGACUCUGACCGACGUUUCUGUUUUGAAGUUAUUUCUCCUACCAAAUCACACAUCCUGCAAGCCGAUUCAGAGACGAUGAUGGUUGCGUGGAUCAAAGCAUUGCAGAAAGGCAUCGAUUCCGCCAUUCAGCACAAUAGUCCGUUUAGUAACGAUAUGCGAGGCCGCGAACGAGGCGGACAAAGCGGUGAAGACGGACGGCAUGGAGGCGUAGGGCGCAGCGCGUUCGCUUCGGGGUCGACAUCGAGCGAUAGAAAUACACGAACAGGAACGGCUGGCUGUAGUUCGGAAGGGAGUAGAAAAGGAUACAAAAAAAUCAACUGGACGCAAAUGUUGAAAAUUCCGGGCAACGCCAGAUGUGCCGAUUGCGGUAACAAUGAUCCAAAAUGGGCCUCCAUAAACCUAGGCAUAACAUUAUGCAUUGCGUGUUCGGGGGUACACCGUAGCCUUGGCGUUCACCACAGCAAAGUUCGGUCACUGACGCUAGAUGUGUGGGAGCCUGAAAUACUGCGAGUGAUGAUUGAGCUUGGGAACGACGUCAUUAACCGGGUGUACGAAGGUAAUGCGGCACGCGUGGCACGCUUUGAUCGCGCGACUGACAACUGCGAGAUAACGGUGCGUGAAGCCUGGAUCCGUGCAAAAUACAUUGAACGGCAGUUUGUAGCUCCGAUCGAUGGCGGUCUCAUGGGCACCGGGACGGGAUGGGUAGGCCCAACUGAAGAAGGCAACACUAGCACUUCCUCGUCGACCUUGUCGUUCAAGAGCCUUGGAGCGGAUAGUUCGAAAUUUCCGGAAAAAUGGAGCAUAAAAAAGCUCCGUCGGCGGAGCUACCGACAGUUAUUGCGACCAAAGCACAUUGCAGGAGCCGGUGGGAAGCAGUUGGGGCUAGCAGAAGGUCAAGAGCCACUGUCAACGACGAGGGGAGUGGUGCCGGGUGUUGAUGAAAUCGAUGGUGAUGGUGGCGUGGAUGCGGAGGUAGAGCCAUCCACUACCGAGGUUGGUGAUAGUAUCGGAAGCGGAACAAGCCCGGAUGCGGACGAAAAGGAUGUGAACGAGGGACUACCGAAGCAAUUUACCGACAUUUUACUGGUUGGCUCCAGCGUCGUUACCGACGAUCACAAUUUACCGGAUGAAGACCUGCUGCUGUUGAAUUCAGACCAGGAAUCUACCAGUGGCGAGGAAGACAACUCAAUCAUGGAAUGUGAGGACCUCGAGCGUCUGUGCCCAAACUAUUUGCUGUACAAGGCAGCCAGCGGCCACAAUCUGCCAGUAAUGAGUCAUGCGCUGGCGCUCGGCGCUGACAAGCACUGGACGAAUAGCGAAGAAGCGGACCGAACAGCGCUACACGCUGCCAUCCUAUCUGGCUCAGUAAUGGCGUGUGAAUUUUUGCUCCUCAACGGUGCCGCCAUCAAUGCGGUCGAUCGAUAUGGUCGUACAUCACUCCAUCUAGCUACUGAGCAGGGGUCAGCAGCACAAGCCUAUUUGCUGCUGAAGCAUAAGGCCCGGUACGAUCUGACAGACGCAGAUGGACGCCAACCAAUCGAUAUAGCCGUGGAAAAGGAGGAUGCAGACAUUGUAACACUCCUUAGGUUGACCUUGCUGAACGAUGAGAUAGGAGCGGGCGAGGACGGCGAAAGCUAUACCGGUGGUGACUCAACGUACGUUGCGGUGAUGAACGAGUUUUCGCAUCUAGCCAGCAAUCAGCCGCAACGCUUGCAGCGCAAUCAGCGCCAUUUGCAGCAUCAACAACAGCAACAACAGAGUGAAUCUCUGAUGAAUCAACAGCGCAGCGGCCUGACAGUAACGGAGACGGAUUUAGAUGACGUUACACAAACCACGUCGGAUCUCUCGUGAGCUACGCUUAUGUGAAGUUUAACAAACGCGCACAAACUUUCCAUCGUCUGUCCAUAGCCUGCAAUGGUUAAAAAGCAUUUUGGGCAUUUGGCAAACUAUACAAAGAAAAUAAUGAUCAGUAUCAGUAUCGUUAGUAUUUCUGCUCUUUGCCUAAAAUUCCGACUUUGACUGAAUC